AUGGCGGGCAUCAGCUUGUCGCAGGUGCUGGGUGCCGCCACGGGGGCGCUCGCGCUCUACUGGCUCGUGCGCAUCGCGACGGGGGACUGCAACGUCUGGCUCGCGCAUCGGACGAAGAUUCCCCCGGAGGCGUUCAAGAGGAAGGUCGUGUGGAUCACUGGUGCGAGCCAGGGCCUGGGCGAGGAGCUGGCCCUGGUGUUUGCGCGGCAGGGCGCCUUCCUCAUCCUGUCUGCGCGCCGGAAGGAGCAGCUGGAGCGCGUCAAGGCGGCCUGCCUGGCAGCGAACCCCGAGUGCAAGGCCGAGGUCCUCACGCUCGACCUCUGCGGGAGCGAGGAUGACAUCGCCAAGGCCGCGGAGGCCGCGUCGUCCUUUUACGGCGGCGCGGGCGUGGAGGUGGUGGUGCACAACGCAGGGGCCUCCCAGAGCUCCCUCGUGACCGACACCGCGCCGUCGGUGGACGAGCAGAUGAUGCGCCUGAACGUGCUCGGUCCGAUGACGCUGACGAAGAAGUGCCUCCCGGGCAUGCUCGAGCGCGGCGGCGGGAGGUUCGUGGUGGUGUCGAGCAUGGCGGCGAAACUGCCGUCGCCGGGCCAGGCCACGUACGCCGCGUGCAAGUUCGGCCUGCAGGGGUUCUUCGCGUCGAUGGCGUCCGAGCUCGCGGACCGCAACAUCCGCGUGACGCUCGCCUGCCCCGGGCCCAUCGGCACGGGCACGGAGAGCAACCCGCGCACCGUCUUCGGGAAGGACGGCGUGACGAUGGUGCAGUCGGGCGGCACCGGGAUGUCGAAGAGCCGGCUCACGCCCCCGCGCGCGGCGCAGCUCAUCGUCGCGGCGGCGGCGGCGGGGAUGGACGAGGUGUGGCUGGCCAAGAACCCCGUGCUGGCCAUCGGAUACAUCUUCCAGUUCCUGCCAGGGCUGGGGUGGGCCAUCAUGAAGCUGGUCGGGCCGUCGCGCGCGCGCUCGAUGGGCGGCGGCCCCGGGGGCAAGAAGGGCGACGGCUACUCGGUGGGGAAGAUCCUGAAGGGGGUGUUCAGCAAAAAGGACGCCUGA